UUUCCCACCUUGCAAAAUAGAAGAUGUAUAAGUCCAAAGGACAUGUAUGAGUUUCUGAAUAUAUAUAUAACUAAUAAAAUAUCAAUAAUUUGUGUUUUUUACUGUUUCUUCUUGUUAUUAUUCAUUCAUCACGAUUGAACUCUUAAUCUUAAUCAAGACUCAUAAUUGUCUAAUUUCAUUGUGGCAUUUCGAACAGAAAGAACAACUCUCACUCUCCUCUAUGGACACUACACACUGCUGUAAAUCAUGCUAGCGAUACGAACUUACAUUCAUGUCUAUAUACGCCGCUCUUGUAUCAAAACUCUAUUUCUGACCCUUUAUUCAACUUCCACCACUCAAAGCCUCGCAAAACCCAUUAUCAAAUCCGGCAAAUUUCAAGUUUAUUGCAACUCCCAGAUAUCGAAAAACGGAAGAAAUGGUAAUAUCAUUGAAGCCGAGGCGAUUUUCAAUCGCAUGCCCAACAAAAAUAUCAUCUCUUGGACAGCAAUGCUUACUGCGUAUGCCGAGAAUGGACAAAUCAAAAAAGCUCGAAACGUGUUCGACGAAAUGCCCGAAAGAAGUGUUGCGUCAUGGAAUGCGAUGAUCACGGCUUAUAUACGCAACAUCCCUGGUAUUGAUGGUGCUAGUGAAUUGUUUCAGCGGAUGCCUGAGAGAAAUGCGGUUUCUUAUGCUGCAAUGAUCACGGGUUUUGUUCAGGCAGGGAUGUUGAACAAGGCUGAGGAAUUGUUUGCCAAGACGCCAGUAAUUUUGUGUGAACCUGUUUGUUCAAAUGCAUUGAUUUCUGGGUAUUUGAAGAUGGGUAAAUUAGAAAAGGCGGUUCAGGUUUUUGAUAAUAUGGUGCAGAAAGAUGUGGUUUCUUGGAGCUCAAUGGUUGAUGGGUAUUGCAAAGUAGGAAGGAUUGGGGAAGCAAAAGAAUUGUUUGAUAGGAUGCCGGAACAAAAUGUGGUUUCUUGGACUGCAAUGAUUAAUGGAUAUCUGAAGAUGGGGUGUUUUGAAGAUGGGUUUGGAUUGUUCUUGCAAAUGAGACGUGAAGGUAUUGUAAGAAUUAAUUCUACUACACUAACCAUAAUUUUCGAAGCAUGUGGAAACCUUGGUAGAUAUCGAGAAGGAAUUCAGAUGCAUGGGAUGAUUUUGCCUGUGGGAUUCAACUUUGACGUCUUCUUAGGGAAUUCUAUGAUGAACAUGUAUUCUAGGUUUGAUUGUAUAGAUACAGCUAUUAGAAUUUUUCAUAUGAUGUGUAGAAAAGAUGUGGUUUCUUGGAAUUCCAUAAUUGCUGGUUAUGUUCAAGCUGGCGAAAUUGAAGAAGCUUAUGAACUUUUUAACAAGAUGCCGGAAAAAGAUGUAGUUUCUUGGACAACCAUGAUUACCGGAUUCUCAAACAAAGGUUGGACAGGAAAGUCCAUUGAGUUGUUUAAAAGCAUGCCUGAGAAAGAUGAUAUUGCUUGGACCGCUGUUAUUUCAGGCUUUGUGAAUAACGAAGAAUAUGAGGAGGCUCUCCGCUGGUUCAUUCAGAUGCGUCAGACGGCAGUCAGGCCUAAUCCUCUUACGUUAAGCAGUGUGCUUAGUGCUUCAGCAAGUAUGGCAACAUUAAACCAAGGGCUGCAACUCCAUGCUCAUGUUGUAAAAAUGGAUACUGAAUUUGAUUUGUCCAUUCAAAAUUCACUGAUUGCAAUGUAUUCUAAAUGCGGAAAUGUCGAUGAUGCUUACAAGGUCUUCAUAAAUGUUAGUGCCCCAAAUGUUAUAUCUUUUAACUCAAUGAUUACUGGGUUUGCACAAAAUGGGCUUGGGAAAGAAGCACUUAAGUUGUUUAAUGAGAUGCAGAACAAAGGCCAGGAACCUAACCAAAUUACCUUCCUUGGUGUCCUUUCCGCGUGUACCCAUGUUGGGCUAGUAGAUGAAGGAUGGCACUACUUCAAAUCUAUGAAAUCCUCAUAUGAGACUGAACCGGGGCCUGAUCACUAUGCGUGUAUGGUGGAUCUCCUUGGCCGAGCUGGGUUACUCGAUGAAGCUAUUAAUUUGAUCAAAUCAAUGCCAACUAAGCCCCAUUCUGGGGUUUGGGGAGCUCUUCUUGGUGCAAGUAGUACCCAUUUACAUCUUGAUCUUGCAAAGCUUGCUGCUGAACACCUUUUUGAGUUGGAGCCCAAUAAUGCAACAGCUUAUGUGGUCUUGUCCAACAUAUAUUCACUUGCAGGAAAGAGGAAAGAUGAGGAACGAGUGAGAGUAACCAAGAAAUCAAAAGGAAUAAGAAAAGCACCAGGAUGCAGUUGGAUUAUGGUGAAGGACCAGGUUAAUUUGUUCCUUGCAGGAGAUGAGUCUCAUAUUAACUUUGAGGAGAUUAAAAGUACAUUAUGGAUAAUCAUGGAUGAAAUGAGACAAAUGUGCUGUCACCAAAAAUGAUUAUUAUCAUGCCUUUCCAAUCUGUAAAUGAAGUAUAAGAAAUCAAUGGAAGCUCUCCUGUAGUAGGUUGUCUAGGUUUCCCUGUUCUUAGGCUGAACUAAGGAAGGCUGAACUAAGGAGAGCUGAUCUUCAGGUUUUGGGCCUUUUGUCUGGAAUCAAAAAUUUUUUGGAGGCUAUAUCUUCUGAUAACUCAGAACUGGAAGAAGACUGAUGUAAAUGGGAUAAUGGAGAUUGUAUACCUUUAAAGAAGAAACACACAUUGCAACUACUCCUAAACUAUGGCAGGUUGAAUUAGAACUAGGCUGUUAGUUGUUCAUGCUUUGAUGGAACUAUUUGGAAAGCUGGUUUUUGAGGGUGUCUGAGCAGAGCUCCUUGUGAACAUUGAGGUGAAUAGAGUACAGAAUAGAGGGGGCAUAAACCUUCAAUCUUGAAGUGAUGUUUGAGACAUGGUCAGCAUCAGACUCCCACUUCUGAAACCUUCUCUCUCUUGUUUUUGGUGUGAAGUCCAGCAGUAGCUUGUGAUGUUUCAUCAUAACUUACCCGUGGGCAUCCUUGGGGACUUUCACCCAAAGAGAGUAUUUUUGGCACCUUUAAAGUUCUACAGGUUGUCAUACUUCUUAAAAUCGGAUGCUCAAAUCAGUGACAAGUAUCUUCAUUCCUUGGGAAGUGGGUGGUUUCUUGAGUUCUUAUUUUUGCUCGACAUUCUACACAUUUACAAGGCCAAUUAUAAAAUUUUUUAUCCAUGUAAACCUGAGAACUUGAGACAUGGCAUCUCUUGCCCGGACUCUUCCACUCUUUUGGCUCCAGUCUCUCAACCCAUUCUGUCUUCCUCUAUCUAUCCAUUCGGUAUUUUUGGAUGUUGACUGGAUCCUUUGAUACUUUACACAAACAGAUAGAAAUUCAAGAUGCUUUUGAGUGAAGAUGUGAUUUCAGAGCUUGCACAUAGAUGCUGCUGUGAACAGAAUGCAGCCUUUGGUUUUAUUGGAUUUUCACCCUUCAACAUAUGUUCUCAAAAUUUCUCUAGGGCAAUUGUGAUGCGGUGGGGGAGUGAUUUCAGAUGGAGAGAAAAGAAUUGAGAGAGGAAACCAAGCGUUACAGAAGAAUUUGAAGAUGGAAGUUCGUAGAUGGCGCCUCUCAUCCUUGUACAUGAUCGAUAUAUGAUGAGAUUACGGAGAGGACUGCAAUUCGAGGAAAGAAAACAGGCUAAUCAAAGACGGGUACUUUCUGACACCGAAACAAUUCGAUGGUUGAACCUUGCAAUUGAAAAGAUUUGACCUGUUUGUAUGGAGCAGAUUGUUUCACAGAAAAUUCUCCUCCCAAUUGUACCUUAGUUCUUGCAGAAAUACAAACCAUGGACCGCAAAGGAAGCUGUGGUUCAGACUCUGUACUUAGGUAGAUCUCCACCUAUGUUCAGAGAAAUAAGGGCUCUUCGUCAAUCUACCAAUGAUGACCACUUGGUUUUGGAGUUGGGAAUGAAUUUUCACUCUACAGAUGACAUAAGUGCAAUACUUGCAGUGAAACUAAGGAAAAGAUUGGGUUUUGGGAUGUGGGCAAAAUUACAUUUGACGGCAUGCACAUUGAAGGGAAGAAGAGCAUGGUUUUAAAUCCAUGGAUGCCACAUUAAAAUUAUUCGAGAUUUAUGUCCUCCUUUCUCUCUUGCAAGUCUUGGUUGGGGUGAAGUUCCUUCGCUGUUGGCCUUUCCUUGGCCGUUUGCGAGUAUGCUUUGUUGAGCCACCAUAUUUUCAGAUGACUGGGAAACCUAUUAUAAAUCAUGGGCUUGAUGUUACAGAACUUCCGGGGAUUGCUGGAUGGGUGGAUAAGAUUCUGGCCCUUGCAUUUGAGCAGACACUCGUUGAGGUGAAGUUCUUUAUAUAUUCCCACGUGUCUCCGAAUUUCUCAGUAUUUGAUUUUAUAUUCUGUCGGUCACUCCUGCUUAUUUGUAAGCUUCUUUCCUCUUUUUGUUAACUAGUUCUGUAAGCUUCAGUAGCACCAGUGUUUCUUAAGCAUUUAGGAUUCUGUUAUAUUAGCUUUAGAUAGCACCUACAUUCUUUUAUGGAGUGUUUUUUGAAAUGUAUGUGCACAACUUUUGGCAGCCCAAUAUGCUGGUUGUUGUAUGGAGAAAUUCGCUUCACCACA